GUGGCAUUGAGCAGACACGCCUGCAUACAUUCCCUGGGAAAAGGCAGUUGCAACCAGGUGUGGCAGUGCCAGAGAGGUGUGAAUGAGGCAGGAUGAACUGGACAGGUCUCUACACCUUGCUCAGUGGCGUGAAUCGGCAUUCUACAGCCAUUGGCCGAGUAUGGCUGUCUGUCAUCUUCAUCUUCAGAAUCAUGGUGCUGGUGGUGGCUGCUGAGAGCGUGUGGGGUGAUGAGAAGUCUUCUUUUAUCUGUAACACCCUCCAGCCGGGUUGCAACAGCGUCUGCUAUGACCAUUUUUUCCCCAUCUCCCACGUGCGCCUAUGGUCCCUGCAGCUUAUCUUGGUUUCCACCCCAGCUCUCCUCGUGGCCAUGCACGUGGCUCACCAACAGCACAUAGAAAAGAAAAUGCUCCGGCUUGAGGGGCACGGGGACCCCCUUCACCUGGAAGAGGUAAAGAGACAUAAGGUGCACAUCUCAGGGACACUGUGGUGGACCUAUGUCAUCAGUGUGGUGUUCCGGCUGCUGUUCGAGGCUGUCUUCAUGUAUGUCUUCUAUCUGCUCUACCCCGGCUAUGCCAUGGUGCGGCUGGUCAAGUGUGAAGCCUUCCCCUGCCCCAACACAGUGGAUUGCUUCGUGUCCCGCCCCACCGAGAAAACCGUCUUCACUGUCUUUAUGCUCGCAGCCUCCGGCAUCUGCAUUAUCCUCAACGUGGCGGAGGUGGUGUACCUCAUCAUCCGGGCCUGUGCCCGCCGCGCUCAGCGCCGCUCCAAUCCGCCCUCCCGCAAGGGCUCGGGCUUCGGCCACCGCCUCUCACCUGAAUACAAGCAGAAUGAGAUCAACAAGCUGUUGAGCGAGCAAGAUGGCUCUCUGAAAGACAUACUGCGCCGAAGCCCUGGCACUGGGGCCGGGCUGGCUGAAAAGAGCGACCGAUGCUCAGCCUGCUGAGGCCGUCCGUGUACCAAGCAACCUCCCAUCCCACCCCUCCCUCACCCCGCCCAAGCCUGCCCCUCCUUCUUUGAUGCCGGUGAGCAGGCCUCUGCCUGCUAGGGAUUACUCCAUCAAACCUUCCCUCCCUCCCUACUUCCCUUCCUCAGAGAGCCUUCUGCCAAAGACCCGGCCGGCUGGGGAGUGGGGAGUGAGGAGCCACGGCUCAAGGGUGUGGGCAAUUCUUUCCGUCUAUACCUUUCCCUCUCCCUCUCCCUGAGACGAGGGAUGAGAUGUUCUGAAGGUGUUUCCAGUUAGGAAACUAAUCUUAACCCCCAUGCUGUCAGGCACCCCACUUUGGGAGUCAUGUCGGUGGGGAGGGAUGUGGCACUGCAGAGUGGAGGAGGGGCCGUGCUUUGUGGAUGGAGAAGGGAGGGGAGCUUGCCUUGCUCUCUGUCACAGGGAAAAGAAGGACGCAUCUAGGGUGAGGGAGUUAUGGAGGGAGAUACAGGCAGAUAAAUCGGAGUGGGGGUUGGUCAGGGCUGCCCCCAGUCCCCAGUUCCCAAGGCCUCUCUCUCUCUGCAAAUGUUACACAUUAAACAGGAUUUUACAGUAAAUGAAGAGAU